CUCUAUCCUGACUCCCUGAGUAAAUCUCUUUCCUCUGUUGUGGGAUUCCCCUUUCCUACGAACUCUCCCGUCGUUCUACGGUUCUCCUCCUCGUCUUCAUCGGUGUUGAUCUGUAGGUAAGAUGCCGGGCACUUUACUGACCCACCGCCCCAAGCAGGCGCUCCUAGAUCUUCCACCGCUCCGCUCCGUCGGCUGCUGUACCAGCCAUCACUGCUGUCGCACCUUCCUGCCGAUUAACAGCCACGAGCAGGCGACCCCCAUGCCCCAUGGAUGAUGUAGGGCAUGCGGCGGGCCGGAGACGCCCCCAGCCGAUGUGCCGGGUGACCGGGGCACUGCAAUUGAUGCGGGUUAUACCUCCCGACACCGGCUGUCCACUUCGCUCUGCUCCACGCCGCGCGGCUAGCGGCAAUGUUUCCAAGCCCUGGAAUCUCUGCCUCCCUCUGCACAUCUUACUACCUCUCUGAGUCGCCAAAUUGCAAUGGAGGCUAAUUCCCUUCCAGUACUACAAUACUUACCAAUUUGAUAUGUUGUAUUUUCAGGUUUGGAGUCAGAUGCACUGACCGUCCAUAGCUGAAGGAGCCUGGUCUACGUACAGCUAGGCUUCACACAACUCACAGUCCUACUUCUGAAAUGAGAAUGAUAUACUUUCGACGCCAUAAAUGACAGAUAGGUUUUUUUUGGGUGCAAGAGAUAUGGCAAGGAGUAGAAGAAGGCGUAUUGUUCAGAGCAAUGAGGAAUAUUUGUCAGAGGAACAGACUGAAGAAGAAAAUACCCUUCCACAGCUUGCCACACCAUCUGAACAAAAAACUGUAUGUGAUGAUUCUGGAGAAGGCAAUGAAGACACUGAUGACGAUUUUGAUAUCAAUGAUGGAGAAGGCAAUGAAGACACUAAUGACGAUGUUGAUAUUGAUGAUGAAGGCAAUGAAGAUACUGAUGUUGAUAUUAAUGUUCGAGGCAACUGCUAAGUUUAAUAGUCCUAAUGUUGAAAAUGGAGCACCUGAAACACGUGGCAAGACAAAACUGAAAGAUGUUUGGAACCUUCCGAAAGGGCUUAGAAUUGUGGUACAAUGCAAUGAUCUCAAUCAGGCGGUAGGGGAAGAAGCUGGAGUUUUGGGUAAAUUUCUUGGAAUGAUAGCUAGGAAUGGUAGUCUGUGUAGCUUAGGCUACACAGACUGGAGAUAUGUAAUAGGAAAGAGAGAGAAAAAUACAAAUGAACUAAAAGUUAAAAAGGACAUACUUAAGCAAGUAAAGAUGAGAUUCCUUUAUGCUCCUCGGAUGGAAGAGUUCAUAUUAAAAAAAAUUGGAGAAAGAUGGCGGCAAUAUAAAGCAAAACUAAAAGAUUUGUAUUUUGAUGUGAAUGAGACUAAGGAAGCUAAUUGCAACAAUGUCCCAGAAGGUGUGCUUUCUGACCAGUGGAUUGCUCUUGUCAAUCAUUGGAUGAACGAGAAAUCGAAGAGAAUAAGUGAGCAGAAUAAGAAAAACUGCCAAAAGAAGAAGGCAAUUCACACAGCAGGGACAAAGAGUUUUGCUCGCACAAGAGAAGAGAUGAGACAAAAAGAUCCUGCAAAGAAGUACCCACAUAGAGCUGUUGUUUAUGUCCACACACACAAGCGCAAAAGUGACAAGAAUAUAAAUGGGCAUGUGGAUAAUUUGAAGAGACUUAUAGCUGAACAACCAGCUUUAGCGGAUGCUAGUAAAGGAAAGACUGCUUGGAAAGGAGAUGCAUUGAACCAAAUACUAGGAGAUGACAAGCCUGGGCGUGUGCAUGGUCUUGGACUAGUUCCAAAGCCUAAACAAGUGCUUGAUGUGCCAACUUCCCGACGUUUGCAGAAUAUAAAUCUUACUACAGUGGAGGAUAACUCCAGUGAAGAUGUAAUGGCUAUUAGACUGCAGAUGGAAAAGUUAGAACGCCAUGUUGAGAAUAAUGAUGCUGAACUUUUACAAUUAAAAGAGAAGGCAACCAAGUUGGAAAAGGCACAAAAGAAUCAGUUACAGGGAGGUUUAGAUGGAGCAUCUACAAAUAAAAAAGCUAUUUGUGAUGACGUACCUAAUUCAAAAAGGAGGAGAGUGUAUGGUGACAACCCCUCGCAAGAAAUUUGUAUGUUUGAGGAGGGAAACAUUAUGGAUCAGCAGGACAACAGUUUGAUGAAUACACAAAGCCAUGUGCACGAUGAGAAUUUGCAACCACCAACCAAGCAUUCUACUGUUUACAAGCGCAAAGGAAAUUUGGACCAGAAUGAGCUUAUGCAACCAGGGAAGAGUAUUUCUAGUGCAUACAAGAACAAUAAACCUGACAACCAGGACAACUAUAUGGUGAAUGCACACAAAGUUACAAGUACACACAAGAACAAAGAGAACCUUACCCGCAAGCUUGUUAGACCAAGCCUAAACAAGUAUAGUACUGCUUCUAAGAAACGGCAAUGCAACACAAUGGACUUUUUAACUGACAAUUCAACAGUGAAAGUGUAUGGUGACGGUCCCUUGCAAGAAAUUUGUCAUGUUGAACAGGAAAACAUUGUGAUGAAUUCACAAAGCCAUGCUCAAGAUGAGGAUAAGACACCACCAACCAAGCAUGCUACUGCACACAAGAACAAACGAACCUUUGGCCUAAAUGACCAUGGGAAACAGAUGGAGAUUAUUUGUGCCAAGAACAAGAAACCUGACAAUCAGGACAGCCAUAUGGUACAUGCACAUAAAGUUGGUGGUGCAUACAAGGAACAACAGUGCAGCAAAAUGGACUUUAUCACUGACAAUUCAAUGGAGGUUGGAACUAAAGUAUUCUUAAAAAGUUGGAAAAAUCGGAAUACAAACGUGGCUCUUGCCACUAUUGUAAGCUGUGAUCCAACACGCAGAGUUGGAGGUGUUGAGCUAGGAAAUGAAUUUUUAAUGGUUCAUGUCGAUCUUGCAUUGGCAAAAUCCGAAGAUUUGAUUAGGCCAUACAAAGGCUACAAAAUUGUUGGUCAUGUUGUAGGACUUGAAAUUGCGUGGCCUGCAAUUUUUAUAUGUUCCUAUCUCUUACUUCUUACUUCGGAGAUGUGCUUUUCGUCUUCAUAAUGGUAUAUUAAUGCUUAUAUAUUUUUUCUA